CCCUUCUUAUUUCUUUGCCUGUUUUAUUAUUUUUGAGGAAGCAUGCAAACCUGCCACCCUCUGUCUCUCUCUCUCGGACAUCGGUGUCCACGUGGGGGAGCCUGUGUUUGACACUCGUUUCUUGGAGGGGGGGCAGGGAGGAGUCAGGAUGGACAGGAGGAGGGGGAGAGAGAUGAGAGUUUAAGGGUUUCCCCCCUUCACGCACGCUCUCAACCACAUUUGUCCUCAUCCUCAUUUAGCUGUAGGCCUGCCCCCCCUCCACCCUCCACCCUCCACCACCCCCCCCCUCCUCUCAUCUCCCCUCUGCUGGAAUGAGCGCCUGAGGAUUAGAGAGGCAGGGAGGCUGGACCGGAGGACCACAGGAUUGGGACUGGGAUUGGAAAGCUCGGUCAGAGCCGCUUUAUCUCUGUGGAAACGCCGAAAUUGGACGACAAAAAAAAAAAAAAAAAAACGGGGCGGCUAUGUGCUGGAAUUUGGAUUCGAGUUAGAGCCGUGCACCCUUUGGCGAUGGAGCGAUAAACACAGCUGGAGCAAGAAUCAACCCGGGGACCCAUUGAGAUUGGUGGCGAGGGCCACUCUCAGGCAGAAUAUUCUUCUGUGCCUGAUGACCUCAGUCCAGAGGAGCGACAGGAGCUGGAGAGCAUCCGCCGCAGAAAAGAAGAGCUCCUGCAGGACAUACAAAGGCUGAAGGAUGAGAUAGCCGACGUGACCAAUGAGAUUGAAAGCCUGGGCCUGACUGAAGAGAGGAAAAGUAUGCAGAGGAACAAACAAAUGGCCAUGGGCCGGAAAAAAUUCAACAUGGACCCUUCCAAGGGGAUUCGUUUCUUGAUCGACAGCUCGCUGCUGAAAAACACCAGCGACGACAUCGCCCAGUUUCUCUACAAGGGGGAGGGGCUGAAUAAAACGGCCAUCGGCGACUACCUGGGGGAGAGAGACGACUUCAACAUCGAGGUCCUUCACGCCUUCCUGGACCUGCACGAGUUCACCGACCUCAACCUGGUGCAGGCGCUCAGGCAGUUCCUGUGGAGCUUCAGGCUGCCCGGCGAGGCCCAGAAGAUCGACCGCAUGAUGGAGGCGUUCGCCCAGCGCUACUGUCACUGCAACCCGGGCGUGUUUCAGAGCACAGACACCUGUUACGUGUUGUCGUUCGCCGUGAUCAUGUUGAACACCAGUCUACACAACCCCAACGUGAAGGACAAGCCCACGGUUCAGAGAUUCACGGCCAUGAACCGAGGAAUCAACGACGGAGGAGACCUGCCGGAGGAUCUGCUCAGGAACCUGUACGACAGCAUCAAGAACGAACCCUUUAAGAUCCCGGAGGACGACGGGAACGACCUCACGCACACCUUCUUCAACCCCGACAGAGAAGGAUGGCUGCUGAAACUCGGAGGUGGACGAGUGAAGACCUGGAAGAGACGCUGGUUCAUUCUCACAGAUAACUGCCUCUACUACUUCGAGUACACGACUGAUAAGGAACCCAGGGGGAUUAUUCCACUGGAAAAUCUGAGCAUCAGAGAAGUUGAUGACUCCAAGAAACCGAACUGCUUCGAGCUCUUCAUCCCCAACCACAAAGAUCAGGUGAUCAAGGCCUGCAAGACGGAGGCGGACGGCCGCGUCGUCGAGGGCAACCACACUUUCUACAGAAUCUCUGCCCCGACCGCGGAGGAGAAGGACGAGUGGAUCAACAGCAUCAAAGCGGCCAUCAGCAAAGACCCGUUCUACGAGAUGCUGGCGGCUCGUAAGAAGAAGGUCUCGUCUCUGAAGGGGAUGUAGAGCCGCUGGGGAUGGAAACACGUCGUCCUGCUGAGGUGAUAUUCACCCGGACCUGGCAACUCAGAGGACUCGGCUCCUCUUUAGUUUUUCUCAACCGCUGGACUCUCAGAUCCCUCCGUUACAGGUUUGACCUCCUGUUCACGCUUUCACUUCUCAUCUCAGGCCAAACCUCUUGAAACCCCCUCCCGCCCCCGUGUUCGACGGUCACGCGUCUCCACCGCGACUCAAAACAGGACAAAAGAAAUGUGGAUGUUAAAUUAUGACUAAAAAAAAUAAAAUAAAAAGGUUCCUGCGAAAGGACACGUGACUGGAGGAGAAGUGGGAUUAAAUGCUGGAAAGUUACAGGAUGAGUCAAACUGCACAAACAUUUCAAGUCUAAUCUAUUUCAGGACUCGUUAAUCGUCCUCUGACCUUCAUUUCCUUUAGUUUGUUGCCAUGUAAAAGCUUUUUUUUUUGUUGUUUUUCUACGUCUGUUUUCUCUUUGUCAGCGCGCCGUCAUGAAAAUGAAGGUAAUGCCUAAAUAUUUAUUUAUCCAGAUUUCUUGUAAUUUAUUGUUUUCUUUCUUAUUUUUUUGUCUCAUUAAAAGUUUGCAAACCAA